CAGCGGGGCGGGGCCGGCGUCUCUUGGCUGCCGUCAGUUCCGGUUCUCUGUCAGUCGCAAGCGAGCGAGCGAGCGAGCGAGCAGAAAGCAGGUCGGCUACCGGAGCGGAGCAAUGCCUAAGUCAAAGGAACUUGUUUCUUCAAGCUCUUCCGGCAGUGAUUCUGACAGUGAAGUUGACAAAAAGUUAAAGAGGAAAAAGCAAGUUGCUCCAGAAAAACCUGUAAAGAAGCAAAAAACUGGUGAAACUUCAAGAGCCUUGUCAUCCUCCAAGCAGAGCAGCAGCAGCAGAGAUGAUAACAUGUUUCAGAUUGGGAAAAUGAGGUAUGUCAGUGUUCGGGACUUUAAAGGGAAAGUCUUAAUUGAUAUUAGAGAAUACUGGAUGGAUCCGGAAGGUGAAAUGAAACCAGGAAGAAAAGGUAUUUCUUUAAAUCCUGAGCAGUGGAGCCAGCUGAAGGAACAGAUUUCUGACAUUGAUGAUGCAGUAAGGAAACUGUAACAUCAGAGCCAUAUAAAAUCUGUACUGUUCUAGUUGUUUUAAUCUGUCUUUUUACAUUGGCUUUUGUUUUCUAAAUGUUGUUUUCCAAGCUAUUGUAUAUUUGGAUUGCAGAACAAUUUGUAAGAUGAAUACUUUUUUUUAAAUGUGCAUUAUUAAAAAUGUUCUGAGUGAAGCUAACUGUCAACUUUAUUAAGGAGGAUUGCUUUUGUGCCCACCACCUAGUGUAAAAUAAAAUCAAGUAAUACAAUCCUAACUGUUGUGGCCUUCUUUGAUCAGAAGAAUUGGUACUGUUAAGGCCAAAAAUAACAGUUUAGACCCUGUAGUUUCAGCUCAGCUUUUACAUUCAAAAGGAUUUGCAUUGCAUUGAAUUUAUAAGCUUUUGAUUUGUGUAAUUGUUGAUCUGUUUUCUUCUAACCAAAUGUCUGGACUUUUUAUUUUUUUCCCCAUGCCAAUGAUAUUUCUGCUUUUCCCUUUUUUUCUUUACUUCAUUUUUCUUUUAAUAACUUACCUUGUCAUAUUCAGUUUUUGUUUCACUUUUUGCUAUUUUUCUUGAAUAUAUUAUGCUAAUUUGGAAAGUCUGAAACUGUCAGAAUGUUAGUUAUUUCAAUAAGGUACUUGUAAUUAAAAUAUAUGAAAACUGCAAUCACUAACUCUACUGUAUUAAAUAUUAGGACAUAUAGUUUGAUAAACAACAUGGCUUGUAUGAAAACUCUGAGCAAGUAGGUGUAUGUCAUUACCUGUAGUGUUCUGUGUAGUUGUUAUCUUACUGCUUAGUCUGCAGAAAAUAAUGACUUAGAUGUCUGAUUUGCUUUCACUUAUUAAGCAUAUUCACCAUGGGAUGAUGUCUAUAAAAUCAGAUACUGUUAAAUUAGACUAGGAUUUAAUAAAAAUAGUGACAGCUUACUGGCGUAACAUUUUAUUUUGUAGCAUUGAGUAUGGAUUACAUAUAGCCAGAGAGAUCAGUCAGCUUUACUGUCAUGGUAGAUAAUGUGGUCACUUUUUAGGAGAAGGAGCAUAUAGAGCAUAUACUUGUGUUUUUUGGCCUUUGCUUCAGUAGACUUGGUUCUUUGGCAGUUAAUCUACUGGACAAUGGCAUUCUAGACUUAAUGUUACUAAGUUUUAGCAGGCACUCUGAAGUGGUUUUCAUUGAACCAUAGUGAUGAAGCAGACACAGGUUGAGGCACAGAUUUCAGGGGCUUUGCAGCAAUAAAUAAGGCAUGGUGUGCCUUAGGAAAAGAAUGUAAGGGAACUAUGAAAUUAAAGAAGGUGGCAAUGAAGAGGAAGGAAUUCUCUUCACACUAAAUGGUAACACAUGAUAUUUUGAUCACGUUGAUAAGACACAAUUCUAGAUAGAAUAGUAAAAAGAAAGGUUUAAAGACAUGUAAAAAAAAUUCUUGUUGACAAAUUAUUUUGGUAGCUAAUUUCAAAUGGUUACUGCCAUAUCAGAGAGUUGCACUAUUACACGAAGUUUGAUUACUACGUCUAAAACAUUAUAUAGUAGAAUUGUCAAGGACUUGAUUACAAAACCAUCUGCCAGGCCACAUAGAGUUAUCAGUUUUUUUUUUCUGGCAGCUUUUCUCGGUACUUCUUUUACAUUUUUAAGAUUUUUUUUAAGUUUUUCUUUUUUAGUAGUAAUCCUAAUAUGUACAUAAUUGGGGAAAUAAAGAAAUCUUUCCUGGUAUUUUAACCUUCAUCAAAUAAUAGGUACCAAAGUAUUCAGAAUAUGUAUUUUAGACAAAUCAUACUUGAUUGAAAACUUUCCCCUUAUUAGGGAACAUACAUAUGUCCCAAUUAGCUGAAUUGGGUAGAUUUGUAAAGUAAUCCUUGUUAUAUAUACAGAAAGGGUAGUUAGAACACAGAACUUUGAUUUUGGUAUAGAUGAAGAGGGAUUAAUGGGUAAUUUCCUAGGUUUAUAUGAAAUUAGUGGGUGUAUGCAUUUUGAAGCAAUCUGCUAAUACAGAGAUGGUGCUGAAAUCUGUUACCUAGGCAUUUUCUAGCUGUUUAGCAUUUAUGUCCUUAAAACUUCCACAUAAGGAGUGUUUCUCUGGCAGAUUUUGGUAAGGUUACUACUGCUAAAUUCAUUUCAAUACAUUAUUGGAUGUGCAAUUUACAGAAAUUAAUCUUUUUUGUAUGUAGAAAAGGAUGAGAACUGGAUUAAAAGAAGAGACAAAAAUAACUUGUACUGGAAAGAAAAGAUAAGAGUACUUCUGUUUUCUGUUUAAACUUUUCUUGCAAGAUUUCUUCCAGGAAGAAAGCCUGGCAUUUUGAGGCAGUGGUUUCUUACCUUGUAAUGCCAAAAUGAAUUUCACACCAGCCCUGAAUGUGCUCAGUAGCAGGGCCUUUCUGAUAGGUUUUUCCUCUUUGUCUUUUAAAUGUCUUUUAAAAUAAUCUUGGCAUUUUAUUUAAAGAACAACCACUAAAUAAGAAAAACUAAUUUUACUAUUCUCUCUUGUUUUGCUUCAUAAAUGCUUAAGAACUUCUUUUGAAGAAUACUCCUACCUCAUUAGCUAGUCAAGAUGCUAUGAUGGUCAAACUAUUUUACAUAAUGUGUUCAGAAAAAAAGGCAUAGGGAAAAAGGUGUGUACAUCCUGGCUUGGCUAUUGAGGGGAAAAGAAAGAAUUGAGUAUUAAUUAUUUGAGUGUUCCUGGUGGUUGUAUGUUAGAAGAGGACUAUAAAAGUUUGAAAUUAAAGAAAAGUGCUGAUAUUUAGAUAUCUCUCCUGAAAUUCUUUGCAACUCACUUUUUAUGGAAAUUAAUCCAGUGAAACACUCAUUUUUGCCUUUUUUUUUUUUUUCCAAUGGUGUUUUACCAGGUAAACUCUAGGGGUAAACAUUCACAUAGUAACAAAUAUGUAAUCCUGUAAUUGUGGAAUACCUGUCUGCUCUGUUUGGUACAUCUUCCAUGGAGAUGUCAUUGAAUAUAAUACUGCAUCUGUGAAUAUUUUAAAUGUUGAAAUAAAAACAAGAAAUGUA